GAACCAUUCGGAACCGACCGUCACGUGACAGUGGGCGAAGUAUGUUGCAUUGUUAUCCUAUUGCCUAUUUGUAAUUUCAGAGUUAAUAAAUCAGCCGCGUGUCGAUUGAUACUCAUACGUGAAACCUUGGAGCCGCCCAGCACCAUGAUGGAAGGGCGGAAACGACGUUCUCUUGAAGAGGACAUCGUUUCGCAGGGACACAAAAGAGUCCGAUUAGAGGGACCGGAAGUAAUAGCACAAGUACGGAAACAAGAAAUCGAAGUCCUUCAAACGUUUGAUUUCAACAACAUUUACGAAAAUGUGGAGUUCACAAAAGUGAUGACUCUAGACCAAUACCGGAAGUGCCGUCCAUACAAAGUUUUCCAUUAUCCUGGCAAAAGCAAAGGAGAGAUAGUCUUCCACCUGAGUUGUGAUGGCAGCUUUGAGCUCACUGCAGUGAAUGUCGGCCUAAACCAUUGUGCCACCAACUGCCAGGGUGUUGUAGACAUGUACGUGAACGGGCAGCCAUUUUUACUUGGAUACCAGGGUGCUAACUCACUGGAGUUUGUGGAAGAGGUUUUCCGUAUACCACCGUCCUUAUGUAUAGCCGGCAUAAACGUCUUCUCCCUAGUGCUAAACGAAUCUAGUCCGGGCGUGUACUGGCUUUCUGAUGCUCGGGUGGCCAUUGAGAAACUUUUAUGAGCAUGGGUAUAUAGUGCUGGUAUGAUUCUAGUCCUAAUUGGAUUGUCUUGUUCAGAACAUGGAACGUGAUAAGUUGCUGAUACCGUAUGUCUUGUAGCUUAGUUUUUUAAUUAUUGGCGUCAGGACCGCAUGCAACGCCAUGAUCGAUAACUCCUCAAGUGUUCUGUUUGGUUCAAAUCAAACAACAUCAAACAGUUUUAAAAGCUCCAAUCUUCAGCUUGAUAUUCACUUCACUCAUUUACAGGUAAAACAAGUCUUACAAUGUAAUGAUACAAAUGUUAUCUUGCGCAUUGUACCAGCUCAGCAAUGAGUUGUGUUAGAUUGAUCUCCCCUGUUAUUUAUUGACAUUGAUCUCAUACUUUUGUGUUUGUAUCAAUGCAUGCACCUUUUUUGCAUGGAUUUGCAAUCUGUCAGCUUUUAAGAAUCUUUGUCCUACCACAGCAAAACGCUAGAAAAUUACUCUACAGCUGGGUUUUUUUCUGAUCUUGACUUAUCUCCCCUUAAUUUUGUUUAGGAUUUGACGGGGCUAGAAGAUGACUACUGUGUGACCAUGUUGCUCAGUUGGCUAGAGCUACCGUCAGGAGUUCGUUUUUAUAUCAUUCGUGGAAAGUUCCCUGCAAGGUAUGGGUUUCUUUUCGGAAGUCGUUUAUCAAAACUAAAGACAUACUGCAAGUUAGUUUCUAGUGUAUAUUUUGUAUAUUUACAACUUUUGGCAGUGGUGCGAGGAUACUUAAUAUUAAGUCCAAACACCUUAUAUCAAUAACAAUGAGUUUAGUGUGGAACACUUUUGGGGGGAGGUACUUGCUACAGUAAGGUAGCGUACAGCCUUGAUUUAGUUCUUGGUAUUCGUAUCUUCGUUACGCUGUGUCUUGAUGCCUAGUAUGGUUGCCAUGGAGACAGUGUACGCGGAAGUGCGUAUAUGGGUGUGUUCAACCGCGCAUGCGCACGAUUGUUAAAAUGAGAAAAAUACGGGCCUGCAUUUGUAUGAAUUAAUUCACUUAUAAACAGGGUCAAGGAGAGAAGAUCUGAAAAUGUUGUUGGAAUGUAUGAACCGUUUCACGGAAACACCUAAGCAUGCUCUUGAGCAAGUGACCAUGUUGUUAUGUUUAGUCGAGGUACGUGAGUACUGUUAUCGAUAUCAACACUAAAUAAGAUAUAUGUGAAUGUUUUAUUUAUUGAUAAAUGAGUAGUGUGUCUGAUUGCCGGAUGUGUGUAUUAAAUCGUCUAUUUUAAACGUAGAAUGAAAGAGGUCAAUUGAUCAAUUGUUUAAGCAAUUUGUGUGAACAGUGCUUCGAAAGGCUCCAUGUAAACGCUUACAUUGAGAUAUUUAUCCCAAAUGGAAAUUGAGUCAAUUUGCUUAAAGUAGGUUUUUUGUUGUACCCACGUCACAUCACGUGUUUGUGCAUUGAAAUCACAUUUAUAACCAAUGAACUGUUGUUUCCUGCAAUAUCAAUUAAUUUAAUGAAGCACCUACAAUCAAACUAAUUAACGCGAUAAUGUGUAAGCAUUGUAACGCUCAUUCACUGUAAACUUUAUCACGCCUGUAUCCUGUAAACAUUGCCACGGCUUUAUCCUGUAAACAUCGCCACGCAUAUAUCAUGUAAACAUUGCAACCCCUAUAUCCUGUAAACGCUGCCACGCCUAUAUCCUGUAAACUUUGUCACACCCACUUCUGGUAAACAUUGAUACGCUCAUACACUGUUAAAUUUGCCACACAUCGGAAAAUGUGAACGUGCAAGUCUAUUAUCUGCACAUAGUGUCCAUUCCUAUAUCCUGUAAACAUUGCCAUGGCUAUAUCCUGUAAACAUUUCCACGCCUAUAUCCUGUAAACAUUGCCACGCCUAUAUCCUGUAAACAUUUCCACGCCUAUAUCCUUUAAACAUUUCCACGCCUAUAUCCUUUAAACCUUGCCAAGCCCACUUUCAGUAAACAUUGCCACGACUAUAGCCAAUAAACUUUGCCACGCCCAUAUACUCUAAACAUUGUCACUCGCAUAAAUUAUCACGCCUAUACACCGCUAACAUCGCUUUUCAAAUUGUCACGCCCAUAUCAUGUAAACACAUCAGGAUCUUUGAUAUGACCCCAAAAUCCAUCGUUGGUCAAAGCUAUAUCGCUGUGAUUCCGAUGGUAGGUUUAUCUGGAUUCGUUUUCAUGCUAAAACUCAUAUUCUCAAACCCCAUUUCUUGUUUACAAUUAACAUUUUGAUUGCGUCACACAAAUUAAGUGACUUAUAAAAAGAUGGUUUGAACACAGAAUCCAUGCUUGAGCAUGAGGACGGAUUUGUGUAUACAGGCCUUGGUAGCUAAGAAUGGUUUAGAUCUGUCAUUGUAUUGGUAAGUACAUCAGUAAUGCAGGAUUUGGAUUAAGGUGCCCGGAAGAUUACAGAUGUGUGUGUUUUUUAACAACGUUUGAAUUUUAAGGAUCCCCAUACCACUGUACAGAAAAAUGUAACAA